GGUUUCCUUGUCUUUGACUGAGACCGUCCAGCAGAGAGGCAGAUGAUAACAGCAUCCGCUGCUGGUUAUCAGCCUUGUCAGAGCUCAAUGAACGACUCAGAAAGAAGCCACUGAUCCUGCCUGUUGCUUCUUUUGCAAGGGCAGACAGUGUGUAAAGCUUCUCCAUUUUUUUACACCCUUUAAGAUCUCUUUUCCGCCAUCAUCAUCAUCAUCAUCAUGGUGCUAGGAAAGGUAAAGAGCUUCACCGUGAGCUACGACUGUUUCAAUGACAGCAACGUCCCCGUCUUCUCCAGCGGGGACUGCGUCUCAGGGAGGGUGGUGGUCGAAGUCACCGGAGAAAUCCGCGUGAAGUCCCUCAAGAUCCACGCGAAGGGCUUCGCAAAAGUUCGCUGGACCGAGUCGAGAAACGCUGGCUCCAACACCGCCUACACCCAGAACUACACCGAGGAAGUGGAGUACCUGAACCACAAAGAUAUUUUAAUCGGACACGAAAGAGACGAUGACAACUCGGAGGAAGGGCUCACCACGAUCCAUGCGGGAAGGCAUGAGUAUGCAUUCAGCCUCGAGCUUCCACAGACACCUUUGGCUACCUCUUUCGAAGGAAAGCAUGGCAGUGUGCGCUACUGGGUAAAGGCAGAGCUCCACAGGCCAUGGCUUCUGCCCAUGAAGACCAAGAAAGAAUUUACAGUCUUUGAGCACAUUGACAUCAACACUCCAUUAUUGUUGUCACCACAGGCGGGCACAGCAGACAAGACGCUUUGCUGUUGGUUCUGCACCUCAGGUCCUAUUUCCCUAAGUGCCAAAAUUGAAAGGAAAGGAUACACCCCAGGCGAGUCUAUCCAGAUAUUUGCUGAGAUUGAGAACUGCUCCUCCCGCAUGGUGGUGCCAAAGGCAGCCAUCUACCAGACACAGACCUUCUAUGCCAAAGGGAAGAUGAAGGAGGUCAAGCAGCUGGUGGCCAACCUGCGGGGAGAGUCCCUGUCUUCCGGCAAAACGGAGACCUGGAACGGCAAGAUGCUGAAGAUCCCACCUGUGUCCCCCUCCAUCCUGGACUGCAGCAUCAUCAGAGUGGAGUACUCGCUCAUGGUAUACGUAGACAUACCAGGGGCGAUAAACCUGUCCCUGAACCUGCCCCUUGUCAUCGGAACCAUUCCUCUCCACCCGUUCGGUUCCCGUACCUCAAGCGUCAGCAGCCAGUGCAGCAUGAGCUGGCUGGGCAUGGGUCUGCCAGAGAGGCCUGAAGCUCCUCCAAGCUAUGCAGAAAUCGUGACGGAAGAGCAGAGACAGAACCGCCUAGAUGUUCCCGCAGUCCGCGAGGAGAUGGAGGGUCCCCUCUUUGCCUAUAUUCACGAGUUCCGCUUCCAGCCCCCUCCUCUGUAUUCUGAGAUCGAUCCUAACCCCGAUCAUGCCAGCCGCACAGAGGCUCACAGGCUCGACUCCUGUCCAUCACGCUGAGGUGAUCCCUAAAAUCACCCCUACGGAUUUUGGGGUGCCUCAAGGAACUUGCUUGUGUGACUGAGCUUUAAACAUUUUGUCAGUUAAAAGCAUCGACUCAAUGCUGUUGACAUCAUGAGAAAAGCCUCGCAUCCAACCAACAAAAAACUUAACCUGAAGUUGAGUUGAACUGGACAAAUCUGCUCUUUCCUUCCCUCAGUAAGAGAAACAGGAAUCUGUAGUUUGCGGGUAUCGCUCUCUUCCUGUGUCAGUCAGCCUUCUGAGGAGUGUUCAGUCUGUACGGUGGGGAGGGGCACUCCCCACCCCCACUCUAGCAGCAAGAGCCUUGGUGAUGGUGUGACUGAAGAAAAGGAUUCGCCAAGGCUCAGCCUGCCAAGCUCCUCUUCAGCCUUGAUUCUUCUGAACUUGUGGCACAUUAAGGACAUGGCUCCUGCCCAAAACAAAAAAAAAAAAAGAAGAAAAAACGAAAGCAGGACUAAUCAUGUCCAAACUUCAGCUGAAUCACUUAAAAAUGGAAUGAAGAGAGAAAGGUAACGGUGUUGUAACCACAUUAGUCUGUGUGAAUGAAAGCUUUCAGCAGCAGUUAACAACAGAGCAAAGACUAGGUCCUUCUGCCUCGUGGGAUUUUGUUUUGCACAUUUUUUUUUUUUUUUUUACUUGAGUUGCGUGGCUCUGUUUAAUGGUUCCAAGUCACUUAUUUUAUUUUUUUUAAGUUUCCGCUUCGCGACGCACCAGACUGCGAAUAGUUACACUGCAGGCUUAACUUUUGACACUAGAGCAAUGAUUCGAAAAGGAUUUGAUUUUUGACAAACAAAAGACUGAAAAGUGAGAAAUGCACUGAAUUUGUUUGAAGCCGUUUUAGUUUCUUUUUUGUUGUCAGUACACGGUUUCGAAAGGCCAGCCUGGGGUUUUAUUACAACCGCUGCACACCAUCUCCAGGUGGAAGCUCUUUGCCUCCUAAGCUUGGAUCAAAGCGUGGCCUCCCUCCUCUUGUGCUGUGUAGUUCGCUUAUUUUGUCCUCGUGUUUGGCUCCAGUCAUCAAACAGCUUUUUAGCUAGAUUUUGUUUGGAGCUUGCCCUGGAUUCGGACGAGGAGGACUGCAGUCCUGCUUUUGCCACUCAGACUGUAAAUGACAGAAAAAUGUUGGCGCAUGUGCAACACAUUUUGAAGUCACCCUCAAGGCCUGCAGUCCUUCUAGUCCGAGUUUCAGAGCAAGCCAAGCUUGUGUAACUGCCCAAAGCACUGUCUCAGGUGGUUUUCUCACUUGCCAAGCGUUUGGAGAAAAAAAAAAUUGUGGAUUUUUUUUUUAUUGCACUGUUAAAAGUAAUUUCUUCUUAAUAAAAAUCUACAUUAGUGAGAAAA